AUGUCAAAUUCAGAAAAAUCCAAAUCUAAAUUUAAGCAUAAUAAAUAUUUACCAGAUGAAUCAUUUUCAAUUAAUAAAGAAGUUGCAUUAAAAGAUGGUACUAAAAAAGAUCAAGUUGUUGCAAAUGGUACUGUUAAAUGUCAUAAAGUUAAAAUUUCGAAUAAUGGUGAUUAUUUAAUUACUUAUAAAAUUGAGAAUUUAGAUAAUGAAAAAUUGUUCAAAGAAAGAUAUAAUAAUUUUGAAAUGAAUAUUAAAUUAGAAACAAAAAUGGAUAAAGCUAAAUUUAUAUAUGGUGAAAUUGAUAAAUUAAGAAAGACCGUUAAAAAAGAAAUGCAAAAGAGAAAAGUCAAUGAUAAAAAAUGA